AUGGUCUUCCAGACUUGUGUGUCCGAGGGGCGAUACAAGAUCUUCCCAUCCUCCGGUACACACCCGACGCCCAAGCAAAUUGGAGCCAUGUCCCGUUCGCUCGCUUGUCGUGCCAUCUUCACGUCGAUACUUCUCGCUGGUAUCCCAGAGUGUGAGCUGUCUAACUUUCCUAUUCGAUCCGCUGCCGAGACCCUACUCAAGAUCGGUGUUGAUAUCGACAAGUACCCUGGCUCAGACAAUAUCGUUCCUUCCACGGACCGAUUCAUCGAGAUGAUGCACUGGCGUCGCGACGUGAACCUCGCCCGCGCUGCAGGCCUUCCAUGUGAUUCAGAGUCGAAGCUCUAUGCAGAGUAUGCGAGCAAUUUUUUACACAGUCACUACAAACGGCCAAGAGCAGAUCAUCAGAAUGCCCAAUAUGCCGGUUGA